ACCUCUUUUAGCAGCCGUGAAAAGGCCGAACCCCUAUAUCACUGUACUGACGUCUGGCUCCAAAGCGUGAUCUGUUUUUAUAUCUGUCUCCCAUGUUGAGUGUCUCCCUGACCACUUGGCUCUCUCUGUACUACCACACUGGAGCCUUUGGUAAAACGCCAGCACUUAUGGUAUUAAAAUGAAUGAGUGAAGCUCAUAGCAAGUGUGAAAGUAUUUUUUGAAGACGACAGCAGUGUUGGAACGAAGCACGAUGCAGGCAUGUGCUGGGGAAUCAGGAAUAAGGGUUCGAUACAAGCUGACCCUGGUUACAGGACUGCUGGAGUGCCUGUGUUUUGGUGGGGUUGUGUUUGGAUGGGCUUCUCUUGUAUUUGUUCUGAAAACAGAUGGAUACUUUAGUGAUCUGUGUGUCAAUACGACUGAAGCAAAUGGCACAAUGGAUAAAGGCUGCAGUGCUCAGGAUGAGCAGUUCUCUCUUAUCUUCACUGUUGCUUCCUUCAUGAACAGCUUUCUCACUUUUCCCAAUGGGUUCCUUUUUGACAUGUUUGGAACGAGGGUAGCAAGACUUCUGGCAAUAUUCCUCUAUACUACAGGGACAUUGCUUGUGGCAUUUUCAAGUAAAGCUCUCUCCAUCUUGCUCUUCCCUGCACUUUCUUUCAUUGCUGUGGGAGGCAUUUUGCUACUUCUCACAAAUAUGCAGGUGGGAAACCUUUGUGCCACUCAUCGCUCGACUGUCAUUACUCUUUAUAACGGUGCUUUUGACUCCUCGUCUGUAAUUUUCCUCAUUCUCAAAAUCCUGUAUGAGAAAGGGAUUUCUCUUCAGACCUCUUUCCUCUUCCUGUCUGCCUGUGAUAUCAUUCAUGUACUGCGAACUCUCUUCCUUUUACCCAAAUCACACAUCCCUUCUCCAAUCCCUGAGAGUUACACUUAUGGGGUAAGCUGUUGGAAAUCAAAGAGUUACACUGCUGAAGAAUAUGAGAUCAAGCAGAAAUUGAAGUACACACCAAAUAAAGCAGGACAAGACAGAAGCAGAGACAGUGAAUCACUAAAGACGGAUGACUCCUCUCAAGUAAAGGACAUCUUAAGCAAAGACAAAAGCUUUAAGAGCUGUGUUCGGUCCUGGUUCUUUCUCUGGCAUCUGAUAUGGCUUUCAGUUAUGCAGCUGCGUCAUUAUCUUUUCAUUGGAACACUGAACCCAAUGUUGAACCGACUGGCAAACCAAGACCCAGCCAUUGUUAGCUGGUAUACCAAUGCAUUUGCCUUCACUCAGAUGACUGGGAUUCUCUGGGCUCCUUGGAAUGGCUUGUUAAUGGACAGACACAAAGGGAAGGCAUUGAAGCCAGGAGAGACGGAGAAAGAAGCUGACUUGCGCUCAUCUGUCCUGUCCCUCUUCCUCACCUCUGUGCUGUGUCUUCUCUUCUCUGUGUGUACAACCAUAUCUGUUCUUCCUCUGCAGUACGCCACGUUCAUCCUGCACGUCCUGACUCGAUCCUUCCUGUACGGCGGGAAUGCUGCUUUCAUCAGCAUUGCGUUUCCUGCCCAACACUUUGGAAAGCUGUAUGGUCUCAUACUGUCCCUCUCAGCUUUGGUGUCAUUGCUGCAGUAUCCUUGUGUUGCCUUGGUCAAAGUGUUCAGAGGGGAUCCUUUCUAUGUGAACCUUAUUUUGACCCUUCUGACACUGCUGACUUUCGUCCAUCCUCUAGACAUCUUCCUUCACUGCAGAAACCUGGCCAUGCAGAGAGAAAAUGCACAGAGCAUGCUGGUUCUUCAACAAGAGAAUCGACACAGUAGUACCAGAUAGUUAUCAUGAUAAAAAAUUACAUUUCAUGUGACUCUUUUCUUUAUUUUAGUUAAGCAUCUAUAGUAGCUCUGCUCAUGGAAAUUUAAGACCAGAAAUUUAUGGAAAUUUCUGCUGCACCCAAUCAGAUAUUGUUAGAACCUGCGUCUGUCCUAGUUCAGAUGCGUCGACAUAAGAGCGCUCUGGAGCAGGGCUAAAACGAACCACACGAAUGAAAUCAAUCUGGUUUAUUCAAGCACUGCUCAGUGAUACAUAGAAAAAGCAGGGUUUAUAUACAUCAGAAGCUUGCGUGACAAGACAAGGUGAAACUCGCCAGAUAAGGAGUCGUUUUUGUUAUACAUGAAAGAG